AUGGCAUUCUUCCCACACUACACCACCAAUCUGUCGCCUCUGCUCUACUUGUUGGACGACGACUAUGAUGUCCACCGCUCGACUAGUCCAGAGCACAACCACCACCACAAGCAAUGCCAUAACUAUCGCCAGCCUUUCCCAGUUCGCUACUUCAGCCCGAACUUUGAUCUGCAGGAAGUGAAUGAGGCCUAUUAUCUUGAUGGAGAGCUCCCCGGUGUUGAUCCGAACCAUGUCGAUAUUGGAUUCUCUGAUUCCCAGACGCUCGUGAUCAAGGGUCGAGUAGAGCGGAAUUACAAUAUGGUUGGGGAAAGCCAGCAAUAUGAGGGACAAUCCUCUGAAGUCUCCUCUAACAAGUCGUACCAACCCACUGUCGAAGAUGAGGACGAGGCGAACUACUCAUCACCUGUGGCGACACCAACCUACUCUGAGAAGUCUGCUGCCGAGAAAGCUCAGAAGCCAGCGUACAAGUAUCGACAUUCAGAGCGUGCUAUUGGCGAAUUCCACCGAGUCUUUAAUCUCCCUACAAGAGUUGACCAAGAUACGGUCAGGGCUAGCUUGAGGAAUGGGGUCCUCUCGCUGGUGCUCCCUAAAGAGCCGACACCGAAGAUGAAGAAGAUUCGGAUUGAAUAA